GUAGAUUUUCAAGAAGAACAAUUUAACAAAAUUUGCACAUUCACUAUAUUCCCUUUUCCAGUUAGUCUGCUGGCUAUUUAUCAUAUCGAUAUGUUCCGUUCUGUGCUGUUCAUACUUCAUAUUCGAUGACCUUUGUUAUGCCAUGUCGUCGUUUACUGAAAACGAUUGCAUCGAUCUCGGUGUUUUCAAGCCGCUAAUCAGAAGUUUUUCGAGCUCGGAGAUGAAUCUAUGUGGAGGUGAUGCUCAGCAGUUUUGCGCAUUAUCUUCCACAGCUCGAUCUUGGUACAUAAUCGGCUGGAUAGGAACUUGUUUCGUUAUUCUUGGCCUCGCUUUUUUCCUUGCCAUCCUUUCUGCAAAUUAUGCUCAUGUGGGCAAUGCUAGCAGGUAUCUACUUUGUUUUGGUCCACUGGAUACUCCCACAAAUGAUUAUCCUCACUACAAAGCAGGCGAUCCGUUCUACCGUCCGCGGCGUCCCUCUGCCAAGAAUGACUUACCACAACCACCAACUGAACCUUAUCCUAGAUCAGUGUAUGUUACCUAUGUUACCAUCUACUUCUGUGAUGACUGCAAUACUUUCACUAUAUCACUCACUUACACUUCUGAUCUUCAGCUUGCUCUUAACAGCCUUAGUCGCAAGAAGCGGCCUUGCAUGUCUUUGGAGUUGAAGAAUAAUAAAAACUACUUCUGUCAGUCGCAGGAUACUCUGCAACAGCUGCAAUUAAUUACACAAAAUCUUGGUGCAAUUAUCAACUUGGUUGGAUCAGUGAGUGGGCCAGCUACAGCUUCUUUGGGCGACAUACUUGAAAGAAGUGCAGCAACGCUUGAGGAGUUGAAAACGCUCAGCAUAUCAGUGGAGACCGAGACCGCAUCCGUCAAGGAAAAUUUUUGUGCUAUCGACUCGCAGCUUGCUCAGCUAGACAAAUUGUGGGCUGGAAUUGACAAAGCUGUUGAGUUUGUGGCAGAGGUGUUAAUAACCCGAAAAGGAAAAUAUGAGCGAGAGGAAGAAGCGCAAAAUGUCCCUGGUGCUACGGGUUCGGAAGACGACGACGGUUCAGAUUCGGAUGCACCUAUGGAGAUCUCAUCCAAACCUGGUCCUGAUAUAAUUCUUUCUGCAAGUCCUGAGAAGGAACUGAGUUUGUUUGAACAGGUACAAGAGCGGAAGAGGGAGGAAGAAGAGAAGCGACAGAAUAAGGCUCAAAGCAAAAAGCGAAGACGGAUCAAGAAACUUCACGCAGGAGAAUUUGUUGUCAAGGCCAAAAAGGCGGAAUUCAAAGUGCUUACUCUGGACAAGGGAUUGAAAAAGUCUUUAGAGCCAGCGGUGAACUUCAAAGAGCAGUUGCUGAUGGCCCGAACGUCGGGAAGGAGAGAAAGAGGUAAAUUCCUGCUAUGGAAAUUCUUAAAAAGAGGUUGA